AGUAAACGGACGAGACGGGGUCUCUCUCUCUCUCUCUCUUUCUUUCUUUCUCCCUCUCUCUUUUCCCUCUUCCCCCCCAGUUCACCUUCGAGUGAGCCUGGAAUGGACUACAGCAGUUCUCCAAGCAACUUGGACGCACUUUGCGGGACUCACUGGCAAUUAAAAGUCGUCUCCUCGCUUCCUUAACACCCCUCCCUUUCCAAGUCAGCAGAAUGGCUGAAAAUGAGUCCGAAUCUCCCGGACAAUUUAAGACAUUAUUAUUAUUGUUAUAGCCAAAACUGGCUUUUUUUCGGAGUAGUUGACCUAUCCGAAAGGACAAUUUCUUAUCCUAACUUUCCCUGUUGUGGAUCAUGGAUGGCAGAGAUUUUGGAGUUCCACGUUCCGUCCACGUCCCUCCCCCGUUGUUGGCGGGGCUCGCCGUGGAGCCUCACCGACUCGGGGCUGCAGGAGCAGCCGGGAGGAUCCCUCCUUCCCCCGGCCACUUGGCCGCCACUCACCCGCCACCUCUCCAUUCCCGAAAAUUUUUACCAUCGGCCAUUAACCUGCACACGCACCACAGUGAUGCCUUCCCAACGGGAUCCAAUCCUUUCCUGGCUGGUUAUCCAUGCCCCUCCCCCUUGAACUCUGACCCUUCAUACAGAUCAGCCAAUCCCGGUGGUUUGCCGAUGGCUCAGCUCUGGGCAUCACACGCUCACGAAGGCUACCCUCUUCCUGGCAGCCUGUAUUCAAGCCCUUACCUAUCAUUGGGGCACUUGGACCCUCCCUCAAUCUCCCAAAAUCACCUUUAUGACUCUCAUAAAGAGGGCUUUUUCCUGCCAGCUGGUAUUAGCCAGUUACCCCUCCACCCCCCAUCUGCUCCUCAAAGCACCCUGUCCAGCUCAACACCGCACCAAAAGGCAUCCCGAGAUGGGGGCAGAGAGAGGUCCUAUCGGGGAGAACGGGACAGAGAGCGAUCACGAGAGGAGCUGCGACCACAUAGUGUGGUGGACCUCACGCUGGAUUGGAGGAGUGAGGAAGACCGCCGGGGGCGACCUGGGGAUAAGGAGCGAGAGAGAGAGCGGGAACGAGACACAGAGAGAGAUGGAUGGUCCCUACAUCCUCACCACCAUCAACAGAAACCAAGCUGUCAGCCCUCCACGGGGGAGCACAGGUCAAGGCCAUCACCUGCGCUCCCCUCAUUCCCUCCAAGUGGCAGCGGAGGCAUGAGCAGGCUCCUUGGACAUGAAACGGACCGAGGGAGUCGGGACGGGGAGGUGGGCUCAAGAUCCAACCGUCACGCGAACGGUAACUCUAAUAACUCAAAUUUGCUGACAGCCUCUCACUCAGAACGACAAAGGAGGAAUGACUCCACGCCAGCAGGGACACUCCACUUCUCCUACGCCCUUCCUGCUUCCCUGCAGUCCUCCAUCACUGCUGUGCCCCUCCCUCACCCACUCAGAGAGUCCACGAGGGAGCAAAGAGUUAGCGCGCCGACAUAUGUACCUUCUGUGGAGGUUUAUGAUGAGCGGGUCGGCCCCAUCCAGAUCGCAUCGCAGGCCCGCGACAAGCACGGUGACAAAUACAGAGACAGAGAAAGAGACCGAGACAGAGAGCGAGAGAAUGAUAAAGAGCUAGAACGGGAAAGUUAUAGAUUUCCUGAGAGGAGCUUGUUAGAGCAUCCUCGACUCUCCCAGCCUGGCGACUCAAGCAAUCAUCGAGAGGAAGGUUCCAUAAUUUGUUCCAAUGGUUCCAUUGGCAAACGAGGUCAGGACUCCUCACACUCUUCCAAUCAAUCAAGGUUUAGCCCAGAAGUCCGGGACAUGUCCAAACACUCAAGCCGUCUGGGCUUAGAGCGGGCUGGGGUGGACAGAAAUUGGAAUUCCAUCAGUCCUUUGACCAACUAUGCUACCAGUCAGAUGGCUGCCCUCGCUGCCCAACACGGACACGCACACACACACUCUUCGCCACACAGCCAGCCGUCACACAAACAAAAUUCCCAUUCCUCUCACACAACGAACCGGGCCACCAGUAACUCUAACUCACACAGGCAUUCCCCGCAAACACACCCCACCGAGCAUGGACAGAGCCGCACGGGUGAGGAAGGCAGUCAGAGACUCUACUUGGACCCGUCAGCCCUUUACCGACCAGGAGUGUCCUCUGGGGGGGAGAGAGCUGCUGGCCCUUCAGAGGUGUCAGCCAUGCAGAGUCUCAUUAAAUACAGUGGGAAUUUUGCCGCUGAGGGGCCCGCCUCCUCCUCCAGACUCACCGCAGACACCCGAGGGCCCUUCGGAGGUUUGGCUAGUAUUGGGAUGGAAGCUGCUCGAGAGAGAGAGCGGGAAAAAGAGAGAGAGAGGUCAGUUGUUGGUUCAAGUACUUCUGGGUCAUUGAGGGUGCCUCCCCAGCUGAAAAGAGAGCAGGAUCGGCCCGACAGCGCCCGCUCCUUCGGUCGAGAGAUUGAGGGAGAGGUGCGCCACCCUCCAGUUGGCAUUGCUGUUGCUGUGGCCCGGCAGAGAGAGAGCACCAGCAGUAAACAGACCACUGGAUCCACAGACCCCCAGAGAGCCUUGCUGCCAACAGCAAUUAAAGAUGAAGAACGAGGUGAAGAGCGUGUUCGUCAUCAUGAAGACCGAAUGCUCGCAGGCCGACUUGAUCGUGAUGACAAAAUGCUCAGAGACCCCAAAGAGCUGUCCGACUUCACCCAGUUGCACCCUCCCCUGCUUUCAAGCAGCUUGACGCCCAGUAUGAUGACAACCAGCCUCAUGACCCCCAACCUUAUGGUGACUGGAGGGGCGGGGCGAUGGCAUCCUGACCCCUCAACUCUGACCUCUCACCCCUGGCUGCCUCGCCCUGGAGCCCCUCCCGUUUGGCUCUCCAGCUCGCCAUACGGCUUGAGCUCGCCCUCCCUUCACCAGACACUUGCCCCUGGCUACCCACCAUCCCUGCCAGGCUCCAUACCACCUCCCUACCAGUUUGUCAGAGACUCACAGACUGGAAAGCUUAUAGUCAUCCCGACAGAACACCUGCCCCAUUACGGAGGAGACUUAUUGGAGCGUGGGCCCCCUGUGUGGCCCGGAGUAUACGGUACGGGCACAUCCCUGCAGCAUGCAGCCCAGCUCCAGCUCAUCUCCCAGCAGCAGAUGCUCCGACAACAGGAGCUGCUCAUGAUCCAGCAGCAUACGGCGCAGGUUCUGGAGCUGCAGAGGAAUGCGCAGCUAGUUGAGCAUUUAAAGGGCAGCGAACACCUGCCAGACACUGAUGACAAAGCAGACAAGCAGAACACCGAACCCAAACCCCGGCCAACCUCAACAUCUUCUCCCUCGCCUGUCCUCCAGCCCCGCAAGCCUUCCCCAUCUUCUCGCUCACCGACACCUUCGACGUCCUCUCUCGCCCUCCUGCCACUACUGUCCUCGCCAGUGAUCAACCUCAAGUCAGAGGAAGCGAGGCAGAGAGUGUUGUCUCACCAGCCCGCGCCCCUGCCACACGCACCCUCCCCGUGUUCGGCCUCGCCACCUCCAGGUUCACCACGGCUACUGAAACACGAGUCUGCCGAUGACGGACGGGCGGAAAGGGGGGAGCGAAGAGAUGGCCAUAAGGCUGCUUUUCAAGGCAUCUACUCAGAAAUCUCACCUGGUUACCCUUACCAGUCGACCACUACUCCUUUCGGUGCGCCUGUCCCAACUUAUCAUAUCGCAGCAAACACAGAAUGUCUUCCCCGGCACCACUGCCACUCUUUGGACAUGAGUACCUCCUUGCCCUCAGCCCACCUCCAUUCAAGGCUGCCGGAUGCUGACAUCAAACCGCAACAACUGAAAACAAAGAAUGAGUCAUUCCUGAAACAGGAACCUGUCGUGGAGAAGCAUCAGUCAGAUUUGACGCCAGAACCACUGGUUCCUCUCCUGCGUAGCUGCAGUCCGGUGGGAGCUCGACAGAAUAGACAGGACGAAGGGGGCUCGCUGAACCUUCAGCCGAUACUUCUACAGCUUCCUAGUCCUCCACCGCAGCAGAGCCAGAGAGUGGAUGAAGCCAGGCUAGAAGAAAAGGAAGGACAAAUCAAAACAGAGGUGCAAUCAUAUCGGUGUCAGGAAGCAUAUUCUUUGCCACUCGAUGGAGCUGAGCCUGAAGCAGUGGUUUACAAGGAUCCAGAGCAAAUGCAAUAUCCACCAUCCAUCACAGCAGAUCUGGACAGCCAGCAAUCCACUAAGCCAGGCACCAAUGCUAUAUGUGAAUCCCAACAACCACCUACUCCAAAGCAACACACUCCAAGUCGGAAGGAAAACAGCAAAAUCCCUGCCACCUCCGAGUCACCACUCGCUCAGAUCGUUGGUUCUGAAGAUCCCAUGGCGGGGAUGCUUGCCCUGCUCACAGCCAGUGAAAUGUCUCAGCCAUACGCCCUCAGCCAGAUGACGACAACGCUCAUCCAGCCGACUGAAAACUCUGCAGACUGCAGCAGCGCUGGUCCUCUGGAGAUAGUGGCGCUGGAAGGCAUGGCUCUGCUCAGCCAAAUGGCCCAGCGGGAAAUGGAGAACAUCAGCAUGGAGCAGGAUUUGGCAAUUGAGGGUUUGGAUUGUCUUCUUGAGGCAAGCAGACAGAUUCUACUCGAGGCCAUAGAGAAACAGUCCCACAUUGAUCUGCCCAGAACACUCGAUCCCAACAGGAAAUACAGCUGGAGGCAGAGGAAGGAGGAGCCGCUCUAUAGCAAAAUGUCCAUGGACAUGUUGGACGCGGUGGAGGUGGAAUAUCGCAUUCGCCUAGCUGAGCUGCAGAAAACGUACAAAGAAAAGCAGAGAGAGAUGAGCAAGCUACAGAGACGCAUAGACAAGCACGAGCGGCAGCAGCAGGACGACGAUAGGCGGGCUUUAACGAGGCGAGGCAGAGGUCGACCCAGGAAGAGACAACACUUGGCCACACCUCCCAAACUGGACUGCAGGCCUGCAAAGGUGGGUAGGACAGUGCAAUACUCGGAGGACUCUGAAACUGGGGAAGGACACAGAAAAAAGUUUCGGGUGUCCAAAGAAGAUGAGGAGACGGAGAUGGGAAGUUUUGGCGUGAAGAUAAAAAAGAAGAAAAAGAGCAAGGGCUGGAAAGACCAGGAUGCAUCCAGCAGUCAUGUUUUAGAGGUAACCAGCUUGCAAGGGCCAAAGGUGAAACGUGGCCACGUCUGUGAGCAGGAGCAGCUAGCGUCCGACCUCGACAGAGCGCUUUCGCUCUCGCGGCUCGACUCCAUGGGCGCGUCUCGCAAAUUUGUUUCCAGCUUUAAAGGAGAGCGGCCAAGGGGCAAGACCGCGGACAGCCAAUCGAAGGAGCGAACCAUCCAUACGUCGUCUAAAGGCAAACACAAGUUGGCGGCAAAGGCAUCAGAGGCCAUACGGAAGGUGAAAGGUCAGAAGAAGACUGCUUUUUUCUCCCCAAUGAGAUCAGAGCUCAGCAGCUGCUCUAACAACUCUGAUUCUGAGGGUGAAAAUUCUGCAAGAGGGGGCUGGCCCUCUCUCUCAGGGACACGGUCUCACGGAAACCUGACCCGGAAGAGACACGCUGCGUUGUCGCCAACCAACGUGCUGUGCAGUGCCAAGUCGCAGAAGAAGAAGAAAAAGAAGAAAUACAAGCACUUAUCCCUGCUGCUGGAGGAAGCGGGUCUGAGCUCGUCCGACGACUCGUUCGAUCAAGAAUCUUCGGAUGACGAUUACGAAGAUGACUACAACAAGGAGUCCGAUUCGGAAGACGGGGGCUGCGAGGAAAGCGGCCUGGGCCUGUUGGCCAGGUUCGCAGCGAGCGCUCUCCCUGUCAGCUCCGCCCCUUUGAGCCUUCUCCCUGAUGGCAAAUACCACAACCGGCCAAACACUCUGGGGUCAUCAGAGUGCGAGUGGUCCGAAUCCGGUUCCGACUUCCGCCUGAGGAAAUUCCCCUCUCUGCUGCAUGGCAAACGCUCUGCGCCCGAACUCCCCCUGUUGCCCCCGGCGACCCGCCGCAUUGAGCAGCGCAGCCCGAGCAACCGCGACGAAACGCUGCCCGUGAAACGCAAGCCUCUACCCAUCACACAGCGUCCCUCCUCUCGGGCUCAACGGCGAUUCAGCUUCGAUCUGGCGACCGCUUCCGGCGAGGACGAAGCCUGGAACCGGCGACGCAGCGAGAGGAUCUUCCUCCACGACGCCACCGCCUCGGCCAACCAGAUGUCGUCCUUGACCGGCGCCAGUCAGAGCUCCUCCUCCACCUCGGCCCCGCCGCUCACCUCUAAGCCCGUCUCCAGACCCAAACAGUCCCCUCCCAACAGAGAUGCAGUGAAGAAAAAGAAGACGAAGGAGUCCUCUUCUCUGCCCGUGAGCCCGUCCCCUCUUGGUAGUCCACUGAGAGACGCCGCCGCGGCUCUGAGCCUCAGCCCGGUGCGGAAGAGCCAAUCGAAAGCCAAGACAAAGCCCCGCGAGAAAAAUAAGGGCCCUGCGGCGUGUGAUUUGCAGCAGUCCAGGGGAGCAGUGAGCCGGCUGAUGGAGAGCAUGGCGGCUGAUGAAGACUUUGAGCCCAAUCAGGACAGCAGCUUCAGUGAAGACGAGCUCCUGCCGCCACGCAGCAACAGCGUUCCCGAGAGGUCCUCGACACCUGCUCCAGUGCAGUGCGUGUUGGACAAAGACUCUUUGGCCGACGGACUUCGAGUUUUGAUCCCGAUGGACGACCAACUUCUGUACGCAGGACAUGUACACACCGUGCACUCACCUGAUAUAUACAGUGUGGUGGUGGAGGGCGAGAGAGGGAACCGGCCGCACAUCUACUGCUUGGAGCAACUGCUGCAGGAGGCUAUCAUUGAUGUGAAGCCUCCGUCGGUGCGCUAUCUCCCCGAGGGCACCCGCAUUGCUGCCUACUGGAGUCAGCAGUACCGCUGCCUUUAUCCCGGCACGGUUGUCAACGGAAGUUCCGACAUCGACGAGAACGACGAUCUCAUCACUGUGGAGUUUGACGAUGGCGACACAGGACGCAUCCCUCUCUCUCACAUCCGACUUCUGCCUCCGGACUACAAGAUCCACUGCGCUGAGCCUUCCCCCGCACUUCUGGUGGCCAGUUGCUCCCGCAGGAGGGUACGCAAAUGCAGCAAGGAGGGCAAAGAGACCAAGACUGAUGAAACUGCUCCAAAAGUCAAGGGGAAACCUGGUCGCAAGCCCAAACCCAAACCAGAAAUCUCCUUGAGCUCUGAUUGCAAGGAGAAAACAGAGUCUCCAUCUUGCACCCAGGCUGCAGACAAAGCCCAGGAUUUGGCCAAAGCCGCCCAGGAGAGGGCCUUGUCAGUCAAGAAAGCAAAUCAGGAGAAGCCCCGGCCUGCCUCGCGGCCCGCAGUUGGGGGACGAGCAAAACCGGGACACAAGAGUUCCAUCACGUCCCCUUCAAGUAGUCCUACCUCCGCAAGACCCAGAAAGACAGGCUCAGCUCCUGCAGCUAAACCUAAAGCUAAGCAAUCUUCGUCACUCUAUCCAUCCACCUACGGAAAGGUCCUAACUGUGGACCUGUACAGCCAGCCUAAUCUGACCUCAUACAACGGCCAGCGUAGAGAGAGAGAGAACAGCAACAAUGUCAGUACUUCCAAUAGGCCUGUGUCCAGACCCAGCAUGACAGGAUUACCAAGUGCAGCAAAGGCCAGUGUGUCCUCCACUCCCAGGUCCGCCUCUACAUCCACAACCAAAAAUAAACCCUCCUCGGACCGUCACGGCAGCUCCAGACCCGUCGGAUCUGUUCUCCUUCCCAGCCCAGUUGCAAGGCUGUCAGCAGGCAAAUCCAGCUCCUCUCUGAGUCCCAGACCUUCAUCAGCAACUCUCUCUGGACCCAAACUGAAGAUGCCGCCCGAACAGUUGUCAUCCAGGCCCAACUCCAUCUCCAGGCUCAAGCCCGCCUCCAGGCACGGGGACGUGGGCGCGGUGAUGAAGCGGAAGCCAGUGUCCGCCGAGCCCCUCGUCAAGCUUGAUCACGAGGGCGUGACCUCGCCCAAAACUAAAAAGACCAAGGCUCUGAUGUUGCUGGAGGGCCAAAGUGUCAGACGGGAUCCUACACCCAUGGCCACAGCUGAACAGAAACUGCUCAAAUCAAAGCCAAGAGGUCCUGAGUGCGAGUCGGGCCUGCGCGACAAAGAGUCCACUUACACUGCGCAAGUACUGGCUAAAGAGAAAGGGGAGAGCCACGGUAGAGGACAGGAAGCCGAGGCCAGGGAGGGGAAAGGCAAAAAAGAAGAGCAAAAGCAGGAGGACAGAAGGAAGGAGAGGAAGAUAAAGGAAGAGUCUCCAAGCAGCAGCAGCAGCAGCUCCGAGUCAGAAGAAGAAAGCGGCAAAGGGAAUGUCAAGAAGAAGAAGAAGAAGAAAUGCACCUCAAGCUGCUCCUCCUCCUCUUCAUCCUGCUCCGGCUCUUCCUCAUCUUCAUCGUCCUCUUCGUCUUCCUCCUCAUCCUCGUCAUCGACAGAUGACUCCUCCUGCAGCUCUGACGAAGAGAGGAACCCGACCCCUACUCUGGGCCCGGUCUCUCCUUUGCCUGCAGCACAGGACAAAGUGAAAGAGGAGCAGCAUGAGGAAGAGGAGGAUGUGAAGGGGGAGCCAGGUAUAAAAGUGGAGGAAGAGGAGGCAUCUCCUCGCUCCCAUUCUCCGUCAACCCCUCAGACUCCCACCGCUCCAGUGAAAAUAGCCAAACCAGCCACCGGCAAGGGUUCCGGGCAAAGGGGGCGUCCUCCUAAACCGAAGCCCAGCGGAGGAGAGGGAAAGGUGGGGAGGCCGAAGCGGAGAGAGGGGGUGCACCUCCCCACCACCAAGGAAUUGGCCAAACGGCAACGGCUUCCCAGUGUGGAAAACAGGCCUAAGAUUUCUGCAUUCCUUCCAGCCAGACAGCUGUGGAAGUGGUUUGGGAAGCCCACUCAGAGACGAGGGAUGAAGGGCAAGGCCAAGAAGCUUUUCUACAAGGCCAUCGUGCGUGGCCGAGAGAUGAUCCGCAUCGGCGACUGCGCCGUCUUCCUGUCCGCCGGAAGGCCCAACCUGCCCUUCAUUGGUCGCAUCCAGAGCAUGUGGGAGUCGUGGGGCAGCAACAUGGUGGUCAGGGUCAACUGGUUCUACCAUCCAGAGGAGACCAACCCUGGCAAGAAACUCACUGACAAGAAGAACUGGGAACAAAUAUGUGGGCAGUCAUUACCAGCAGCUCUGCAUUCUUCUAUUCAACGAAAAGACUUCAUGGAGCGCGCCCUGUACCAGUCGUCGCACAGCGACGAGAACGACGUGCAGACAGUAAGUCACAAAUGUCUGGUGGUCGGCGUGGAGGAAUACGAGCAGAUGACCCACACGCGUCGCUACGCCGAGAGCGAGGACCUCUACUACCUGGCCGGCACCUACGAGCCCACUACAGGCAUGAUCUUCAACACGGACGGCGUUCCAGUCAUCUGCUAAAGCAAAAACAAAAAAGACACAAAAUGUGUAUCCAACCAAAAUGUGACCCAACCAACAGUCCAAAUCCACCUGGUAAUGUUUUCCAAGUUCAUUAGUGACGACUCGAUACAUGGACAGGCCACUGCAGACAGUAUUAAAAGGACACAUAGACACAACUCAUUUGCUCAUUAGAAAACACACACAACCCUUGGAUUGACUUUUAUGACCAUGCUCGUGUAAAUACUCACAUGUAACAAAGCUCUAUAGAGGCAAAUAUGAGUGUUUUAUUUUCAUGUAAUAGCUAUGUCAGAGUACUUUUUUCUCUAAAAGGUAAACAGUCGAGAAGCUUUAAUGAAAUGUGAAUGACGACACAGGUUGUGAUUCUGAUGUUGCCGUGGUGAUGUUAGUCAUGUUUGAGUCAUUUCGAUGUAUCUAGAGAACAGCAGGAGCAACAGACGCAAAGAGAGGAAGCAAUGCACAGAACGAUAAAGAGGUAGACUCCCUCCAGUUUGCUGUCCAAGCAGAGAGCACUUAUAAUAAUAAAAUAUGAUACUUAUGCUCCUUUAAAUGCAACCCCUUAGCUUCCCGUGACAAUCCAAACUCAGGCAGGUUAAACUGUCUCAAACUCCCUCAGACACUCAGGCUAAAGAGAGAGUAAGUAGACUUGUAGAUAUACUUUUUAAAAGCACUUCUCCGUUUUCAUCCACCUGAAAAUCCAAAUCCACCCUGCAAUUGGUUUUAAGCAGUUGCACAGUUUCAAUAAAGAAAGCAAAGCAAUAGAUUGUGUCCACAUUCUGGGAAAUGUGGGAUACAAAACUGGGUAACCACCCAAACGGAUUGCACAAACGUUGGCGGCGCAGCAUGGAUUUUUCCUACAUUUUUCCCCAGGUUGUAAAGGCAUCAUCAACCUGUACAUGUUCAAUGUUUGUCUUUUUUCAUGCAUUCAUCCUUUGCCGCCUUACAAUUUGGGCCUCUAUAUAGUGUUUACCACAAGAGUGCACUUUGAAUAACUUUUUGACAGGGGGGGGGGGUCAAGGUAUUUCUAACUGGAAUUUUUAUCAUAGCCCCCCCCCCCGACCGCUUUUGCUCACACACACACAUAAGUAUAAUACCUAUUUUUGCGCUUUAAUUUUUCCCCAUCCCACUUUUCGACGUGCCUAUUUUGACAGUUUUUUAGGGUUCAACUGUUGAAUGUCGUGCUGCGGAAUAACCGCUGGCCGUACUCUCCCAGCCAGGCCUUAUAACCAUAAUGAUAAGGAUUUUUGCCAAAUCGUUACGCUUACUCCAUCACGGCCCUUUUGUGGUCACUAAACAGGAAACUGUUAUCUGUAUUUGUGCUGAAUAGCUGUCCAGUUAGUGUGGAGUAGAAUAUGAAUCAGAAGAUAUGUUAGAGUCUGCUUUAUACAUGUGACUCUCAUGUCGUGUUGCCCGUUUUCUGCGCUGCUGCAGACGUUAAAAAUUUUAUUGUUGAUAAUUCAGACAGUUCCGUUUACCAUCUUCAAUUCCAUUUCAUUAUGGUUACAGUUUCCAGUUAAAAAUAGAAGUCAUAAGUAGAGGUGCGCAUUUAUUCAAAUACAGGAACGUUUGAUCAUAUGCUGCUAGUUUUGUUCAUAUUUGAGGUUUGACAAGGUACAGCGAGAUGACCCACACUAGAGUGCGGGUCACACAGAAUGAACACCCAAAUCAACAAAAAGUGCCCAUUAUGAAUGUUUGUUAAAAGCACUUUUCUUAUGAUUGUGUGUGUGUGUGUGUGUGAGAGAGAGAGAGAGCUCUCAUCCACACACACACACACACACACACACACACACACACACACACACACAUUUUGUAACCCAUCUGGGUGUG